UUUAUAUCUGCCACUGCAAAUAGCAAAGGAUUUCACUACGCAUCCAUUCGCUACUGUCUUAGACUAAUAUCAACUGCGGGCACCCAGCUAUUUAUGAGAUCAACCAACUUUGGCUGAAAUGAAUUUUCUACGUAACCGUCUUGUUGUGCUGGGCCUGGUGUUGCUGGCCACUGUUCUGUUGUACCUGCUACUGCCGUCCAUUCGUCAGGGCAGCAUGGAGCCUUCGCUGGAUGUCCAGAGGAUGGGCCUGGUGGCUGUCUCUCCUCCUCCGCCUCCUGCCAUCAACGUGUCCGUCCGCACAGGGCAGCUACCCGGGGACCCUCCACUCUUCUUCAGGGAAGCGUUGCCGGUCGAUGGAUCUGGUAGGCAGAUACUGCCCAGGCUGCAAGUGGUCCUUCUCCAUGGCCAAGCUUUCUCUUCCAAAACCUGGGAGGAACUGGGCACCCUGGCCUUGCUGGCCACAAACGGAUACCAGGCCUUGGCUGUGGACCUACCAGGAUUUGGGAACUCUCCAGACUCGGAUGCUGUGAAGACAGACCAGCAUCGGGUAGACCUUCUGGGGAGGUUUAUGGAGGCUUUGGGCGUGAGGACAGCGGUGCUGCUCAGCCCCUCUAUGAGCGGCCACUACUCCAUCCCCUUCCUUAUGAAACACAGUGCCCAGCUGCACGGCUUCAUCCCCAUAGCCCCAGUAGGAACCCGCAGCUACACCCCUCAGCAGUACCAGAGCAUCCAGACUCCUACUCUGAUUGUGUUUGGAGCACUGGACACCAACCUGGGGGCCCAGUCCCACAAGAAUCUCAUGCAGCUCCCACACCACUCAGUCCUGAAGAUGGAGGGGGCGCGCCAUGCCUGCUACAUGGACAAACCUUGGGAGUUCCACCAAGCACUGUUGGACUUUCUCAGCAAACUGGAGUGAGAGGGGGAGGAGGAAGAUAGAGGGAAGGAAAAAAUAGAUAAACAGGGUUGUGUUUGCGUGGAAGUGGAGAAGUUAUACACAAAUAAGAAAAAGGGAAAGUAGUCCUCUGGGAUAAUAGGGCAAAGGCUGCUUUUGAUAUUACAAAUUACCCCGGGCCCCCUAGUUAUCCUGGUAGAGUGGCUUACUCCAGGCCACUAGCCACCCUGGUAGAGUGGCUUACUCCAGGCCACUAGACAUCCUGGUAGAGUGGCUUACUCCAGGCCCCUGGCCGUCCUGGUAGAGUGGCUUACUCCAGGCCCCUAACCACCCUGGUAGAGUGGCUUACUCCAGGACCCUAGCCACCCUGGUAGAGUGGCUAACUCCAGGCCCCUAGCCACCCUGGUAGAGUGGCUUACUCCAGGCCCCUAGCCACCCUGGUAGAGUGGCUUACUCCAGGCCCCUAGCCACCCUGGAGG